AGAGUGAGUGAGUGAGAGAGAGAGAGAGAGAGAGAGGAGCCGCCGCCGUCGUCGUCGUCGGGGAAUCUGCGAUGUUCUUCACGUUGCAGUGAGGUGAACGACUUACGUACGACUUCGCUAUAUUAGAUAUAUAUAUAUAACAUAUAUAUAUAUAUAUAUAUACCGUCCCACAGGGAAGAAAGACAUAGGCCGAAAGGAAGUGCAAAAUGUCUGACCAAAGGCAGCGUUCACUAUCUACAUCCGGGGAAACGCUAUAUGUUGUCCUGGGACUUGACAAAAAUGCAACACCAGAUGACAUCAAGAAAUCAUACAGAAAACUUGCACUGAAAUACCAUCCUGAUAAGAAUCCAGACAAUCCUGAAGCCUCAGAAAAGUUUAAAGAGAUAAAUAAUGCUCAUGCAAUCCUGACUGAUGCAACAAAGCGGAAUAUCUAUGAUAAGUAUGGUUCACUGGGGCUGUAUGUGGCAGAACAGUUUGGAGAGGAGAAUGUAAACACGUACUUUGUCCUGUCCAGCUGGUGGGCAAAGGCACUGUUUGUCUUUUGUGGGUUGAUUACUGGCUGCUACUUCUGCUGCUGCCUGUGUUGCUGCUGUAACUGCUGCUGUGGAAAGUGUAAACCGAAGCCUCCCGAGGGUGAGGAACAUGAGUACUAUGUCUCACCAGAAGAUCUGGAGGCACAGCUACAGUCAGACAAUGAACGAGAGGGAGAUGGAGCAAUUGUGGUGCAGCCAACAUCAGCCACAGAAACAACCCAGCUGACUAGCGACAGUCACACCAGCUACCACACUGAAGGAUUUAACUAAGCGCCAUUUGCUCUUGUAAUUUUAAAAAUUAUAUUUAAGUCAUUUCAGCACUGGGAUAGUUUAUGCUAUAGAUCGGGGAAGAACUUUCACAGGACUUUUGCCAUGUCGAGGGCAGCCACAGACAUCAUGGAAAACGUCAUACUUUAUUUUGCCUUUUUUUGUCAUUACUCAUUUCCUUCAUAACAAAGUACUGUAGCAUGCAGUAUGCAAAACGUUUAGAGAAUUUUUGUAUUUUAGUGACCUAUUGUAAGGUGCGAAUGUUGCAUCAUUGUUCUAUUUACAUUCAGCACAGGUAAGUUUAAGCGUUCUGCACAUAAGCAACCGAUGGGUUCAGAAUCAUUGGAAAGUCACAGGACCCAUAUUGUCUUCUGCCUACUGAGCUGAGCCUCCAUUGAUUCUGCUGCCAAUCAUGUCAGUUUUUAUUUUUUUUUAAAAAAUAGUAAUUAUGGUUGCUUGGAGAGGGGCAGUCUCUGCAAAUGUAUGUUCUUUGUGCUCAAGAUUCAUGAAAUCCUGUUGUGUACUGUUCAUCUAGACAAACAAAUUUGCUUAUGCAGUUAGAUGUAUAGAUAGAAUAAAUGUUGUCAUUGACUAAAUCGAAACAAUGAUACGUUGUAAAAUUAUGCUAUAGUCAUGAAUUUGACAGUGCUCUUGUGUUCAGUUUGCAUAAGUAUAGGUUUCAUUGGAUUUACUUCAGGCUUUAAGAAGUUUUGUUUUAAGAUUUUUUUUGUAAGAUUAUU